UUGAACAUAGUAAUUCUUACUCUACACAUCUCCAUCUCUCUCCCUCAACGUUACAAAGAUGAUGAAUCUCUCCUACACAAUUCUACUACACCUCCUCCUCUCUCUACACUCAAAAGUAACACAAUGCUCCGCCACACAUUUGAAGAUGCAAGAAUUUCAGACAAAGCUCCAAACACUAACAUCUUCCACCACUUCCACCACUCCACAACUUCCCACCUCCACAAAGAGCAGCGGCAGAGUGUUUUACCCGAUCGGCUACGGCGCGGACCCCACUGGGGCGCACGAUAGCUCCGCCGCCAUACUAGCGGCGGUGGCAGACGCCGCGAAGCUGCAAAAUGGGGUGAAUUUGAUGCCCGGAAUCAGCGAUUUGGGCGGCACAGUUAUUGAUUUGCAGGGCGGCAGCUUCCUCGUUAACUCUCCCAUCAGAUUCCCACCAGCCAUUGGCAAUAUUGUGGUUCAAGAUGGCACGAUCCGUGCAUCCACCACAUUCCCGGGCGACCGGCAUCUCAUCGAGCUAUGGGCGCCCGACUCACCCAACGACGCCUUCUCUAACGCGAAAGACUCCAACAACGGACUCAAAUACGAGGACAUAACCCUUAAAGACCUCCUCCUCGACUCCAGCUACCGAGGAGGAGGCCUAUUGGUGAUCGACUCUGCCAGAGUCCGCAUCACCAAUUGCUUCUUCCUCCACUUCACCACCCAGGGGAUCCUGGUCCUCCGGGGCCAUGAGACCUUCCUGCGCACCUGUUUCCUCGGACAGCACCCCACUGUCGGAGGAGACAGAGACGAGAAGGCCUACUCUGGCACGGCCAUUGACAUUGCCAGCACGGACAAUGCCAUAACCGAUGUAGCCAUCUUCUCCGCAGCAAUAGGCAUCGUGCUGCGGGGAAGGGCUAACAUAGUCACCGGGGUCCACUGCUACAACAAGGCCACGUAUUUCGGGGGCGUUGGCAUUUUAGUAAAAUCCGCACAAAACCGAAUCAUCGACCCGUAUUUGGACUACAACAGCAUAGUCGUUGAGGACCCCUUCCAAAUCACCAUCUCCAACGGGUUCUUUCUCGGAGAUGGAAACAUCGUUUUGAAGGCGAUUCAGGGCUCGAUCUCCGGCCUCAACAUCGUCAACAACGUGUUCUCUGGUGACCCGAAGAACAUGGUUCCGUCCGUGAGGCUAGACGGCGUGUUUACGAGCAUCGAUCAAGUGGAAGUCGAUCACAAUGCGGUGAGUGGAAUGGGAUUGAAAUCGACUAAGGGAAAGAUGGCAGUGCAGGGGAAUGGGACAAAAUGGGAGGCGAAUUUUGAUCCAAUCUUGUUGUUUCCUAAUAAGAUAAAUCAUGUUCAAUACUCUUUGUAUUUGAGAGGAGGGAUUGGUGGUGGAUUUCCUACACAUGCUGUGACAAAUGUUUCGAAUAAUGUGGUGGUGAUUGAGAGCCAGCAUGCCGUAAACGCCGUCGUUUCGGUUUAUGUUGAUCAGGAUAACAUGGUUGGAGAGGGAAGUUUGUAAAUGGUAGUGAUUUUCGAAAAAAAAGAG